UUCCAGAAUUUUCCGUGCACGGCGGACAAACGCAGAGGCACUGAGAGGGCCAGUAGCUGCCAGAGACUUCUAGAAACAACGUGCACCGGGACAGUCACCGGCAAACAAACCUGCCAUCCGCACACAACGUUACACAUUAACACUUUUGGCUAAAAUGGCUAAAUGGGGAGAAGGGGACCCUCGUUGGAUUGUAGAGGAGCGGGCCGACGCGACUAAUGUCAACAACUGGCACUGGACCGAACGAGAUGCAACAAACUGGUCGUCGGACAAAUUAAAAUCCCUGCUCCUCGGGCUGAGCGUGGAGAACGAUGAGGGGAGUUGUGAGGUGACGGAAGUCAGCAAGGUGGAAGGAGAGGCCUCCAUUAACAACCGCAAAGGGAAACUCAUUUUCUUUUAUGAGUGGAACCUCAAAGCUACUUGGACCGGAGAGUCCAAAGCAGGAGUGAAAUAUACAGGAGCAAUUGAGGUUCCAAACCUUUCUGAUGAGAACGACAUGGAGGAUCUCGAUAUCUCUGUAUCGUUGAAUAAAGAUGAACCUGAAACACCACUGACCAACCUGAUGAGGACAAAGGGAGCUGAGAAAAUCCGUGAAGCCCUGGGAAGCUACAUUGGCUACUUGAAAACAGAGUUCACGCAGGGAAUGAUCCUGCCUACAGCCAACGGGGUGGCCAAGUCCACAUCAUCACAGUCCAAAGCCAAGCUGGAUAAAACUCGGAUUUCCUCCUCGAGCAGCACAGCUGCUCCAAUCAACACCGGCGUCAAGAUUCCCACCUGUAAAUUCAGCAUGAGGGAGAAGUUCCUCACCUCCCCGGCUGAUCUCUACCGGGUGUUCCUCAACCAGGAUAUGGUUCAAGCGUUCACACACGCUCCAGCGUCGGUGGAAGGAGAGAGGGGCGGGAAGUUCCGUCUGCUGGAAGGAAAUGUUUUCGGUGAAUUCACAGAGCUGAUACCUGAUGAGAAAAUAGUUAUGAAGUGGAGGUAUAACAACUGGCCCUCUGAGCACUACGCGAAGAUCACAAUGACCUUCUGGGACCGGAGCAGCGAGACGGAGCUGAAGGUGGAGUGCAGAGGCGUCCCCGACAACGAGGAGGAUCGGACGAAAGAGGGCUGGAAGAGAUACUACUUUGAAGCUAUUAAACAGACUUUUGGCUACGGGGCGCGACUCUACUGAAGACGGUUCUCUGUAGUUCACGGUUUUCUUCUCAUUUUUUAAAUUUUUAAACUUGUUGUCCUUUGAUCUCUCUGGCACAAGAUGUCCCGUCGUAAACUCGUAGCGCGAGUUAACGAAAAGAGAAAUGAGGCGAGGCCAUUCUGUCGCCCGUCUGUGUAAAUGUUUUAAUUUUUCAUCGUAUUUAAGUCUAAGACUUUGUCCCCGUCAGUAUUUGGCUCAGUUGUUCAAAGGAGAGUAAAUGGACUGUACCUUCGGGACUCUGGUUUGAAUAAAGCAAAGAGGAAUCUAUUGAACCACUAAAGCAAAUUGGCCUCCACUUCUAUAAAUAUGUAAUUACGACAAGAGCUAAAAUAAAUGUUUGGUUUUCUUUUACUUGAAGAUGAUUUAUUAUUUGACUCUUCAAGUGUAACUGUAGUGAAGAUGCAUGUUUUAUUUCAGACUGAGGAAUGACUACUGGAUAUGAACUUUACUGAAGGCCGUCACUUAGAGCGGUUUCACUUCCUCACGCAGCUAGCUAGCGUAGCAACUCAACCCUUUGGCUUCAAAAUGUACGUUUCCAGUGCGAAAUGCAUUUAUUUAUGAAUCAUUUUACCUCACCAUGUCAAAAGAUUAGUUUCUUGGAAUAAACCAAACCCUGUAUGCUCUUGA